AGCAUCGGAAAGAAUGAUAUUGUACAUAUGGUAGGGAUCUUCGGAGUUGGUGGAAUUGGAAAGACAACUAUUGCGAAAGCAGUAUAUAAUAGGAUUUCUUCUAAAUUUGAAGGUAGUUGCUUCUUAAAAAACAUCAGAGAAACUUCAAAGACCGAGUAUGGUCUGGUCCAACUACAAGAGACUCUUCUCUCUAAUAUCCUAGGAGCACCUUUGGUUCAUGAUAUUGGCCUCAUUGACAGAGGAAUCAAUGUGAUAAAGAAUAGACUUCGAUCUAAAAGAGUAUUUUUAAUUCUUGAUGAUGUGGAUGAUUGGGGACAAUUGAAAGCUUUGGCCGGAAAUCGUGAUUGGUUUGGUUUAGGAAGUAGAAUCAUUAUAACAACAAGGGAUCAAAAUUUACUGAGUAAUCAUGAAGUUGAUGCAACAUAUGAAGUGGAGGAAUUGAACCAUUAUGAAGCUCUAAAGCUAUUUAGUUUGUGUGCCAUUGAAAGAGAGAAACCGCUUGAUCAUAAGUACUUCGAACUUUCCAAACGUAUAAUACGUUAUGCAGGGGGCCUUCCUUUAGCUUUGGAAGUGCUUGGUUUGGAUCUACGUGGUAGAAGUAUACAUGAAUGGGAAAGUGCUUUGAAAGAUUGCAAAAGAAUUCCUCACAAGAAGAUUCAAAAAAUACUUAGAAUGAGCUAUGAUGAUUUGCGUGAAAGUGAGAAGAAUAUUUUUCUUGACAUUGCAUGUUUCUUUAAGGGAGAGAACGUAGAUUAUGUUGUGAAAAUAUUGGAUAGUUGUGGUUUAAAUCCAAAUAUUGGAAUAAAAAAACUGAUGGAUGAGUGUCUCAUUGCCAUUGAUGCUUGUAAUAAAUUUGAGAUGCAUGAUUUGCUACAAGAUAUGGGUAGAGAAAUUGUUCGAGAAGAAUCACCUAAAGAGCCCGGUGGACGUAGUAGAUUGUGGUAUCAUGAAGAUAUUCGCCAUGUACUUGAAGAAAAUACGGGAACAAACCAAAUUGAAGGCAUGCUGAUAGAUUUAUCUAAAGAAGACUUGAUAUGCUUGAGUUCGGAGGCAUUCGUGAAGAUGAAAAACCUGAGAUAUUUCAUAAAUCGUAAUGCAUGCUUCUAUGAGACUCCUAGUUAUCUUUCUAACGAGUUAAGAGUACUUAUUUGCAACAGAUAUCCAUCGCAAUCAUUGCCAUAUAAUUUUCAAGGAAAGAAAAUGGUUGAUCUUAGAAUAACGUGUAGCCUCCUCAAGGAAUUGGGAGUGGGAUUGCAGAAUUUCCAAAAGUUGACCAUAAUGGACUUCUCUCAUUCUGAAUUUCUGACAAAAAUCCCCGAUCUUUCUUGGAUUCCAAAUUUAGAGUGGUUGGAUUUUGCUAAUUGUACAAACUUAGUUGAGGUGCAUGCUUCUGUUGGAUCCCUUAAUAAGCUUGAGCAUCUCUCAUUUGCCCGUUGCACUAAGCUUACCAGUUUGCCAACAAGCCUCAAGUUUAGGUAUCUUAAAUGCCUCUGGGUUGAAGGUUGCUUAAGACUUCAAAAUUUCCCUGAAAUCGAGUUUGAAAGGGAAUAUUUAGGUUUUCUUAGUUUAGCAAACACCGAUAUAAAAGAAUUGCCUUUAUCUAUUGGGCACCUCUCUAGGCUUUUAGAAUUAGAUCUAAGAAGCUGCAAAAAUCUUGAUGAUUUUUACUCAAUAGACCUUCCAAAGCUGAUGCACCAUAGAGCAAGAAAUGAAGAGGACAGAUGCACCAUAGAGCAGUUCAAUCAGAUGCACCCUCCCACUUUUGAUGGUCGUGGCGACCCGACCUUGGCUGAGGAUUGGAUCCCGGACAUUGAGGAGCUGACCGGUGAGGCUAAACGAUGGUGGAUAUCGGAGAGAACCAUCAGGGAAGCUGAUGGGAGGGGAGUGGUUAGUUGGCCCCACUCCAAGCAGCUUUUCUUUGACCGUUUCUUUCCAAGAUCAAUUAGGGAUGCUAGGGCCAAGGAUUUUGCCGACUUAGUGCAGGGUACUAUGAUGGUGCACCAGUAUGCGGCCAGAUAUGUUGAACUAUCACGCUUUGCCUUAUAUCUAAUACCCGAUGAGGAGAAGAAGACCUGA